AGUUCUAGCUUAUUUAUUUUUAGUCAAUCUGUGUUUUGUGGCGUUAAUGAUUCAUAGUGAGGGGACAGAAAUAGGGGAAACAGAAGGUGUUGGCACCACCUUGGCCACGCUCCAGUAACCCAGUAGUGGAGUAGCUUGACACAGGCAAGGGGUCGGAAAAAAGCAGACAGAAAACAGACAAAGAAAGGAGAAAUACUAUUUACAAUAAUAAGCCGUGAAUGAGACAGAGAAAGUAGGGAGCUGGACUUAAUUUGACAGUAAACCGAGGAAGUGCUGACUCAUGUCACUGGAGACAUGGACAAUUAAGUCCAAACAAACAUAACCUCCCUUCAGAGGCGAACGCAGACAUGUCUCUGUUGACGUCACCAUCAACAAUGGCAUAUGACUGAGAAGUCCACUUGAAGAGGCGGUGUCACAGGGAACAUUCCCAUUUAAUUGAAAAGCUCUUUAUCAAUGAGCUCCCUCAGGAAGAACCCUGGAACGGUAUAAGAGGUCAAGCACAGGAUGGACAACAGCAUGGAGGAAGUGUUUCCGUAACUGUCCAUCGGGACAUAUAUUGAACUGCGACAAAUUUAAUCUGCUGUCUCUUUUUACACUUCGUUUUUUCGAGAAGACGUCAACUUUGCUACUCUUUGGACUCUUCGAACUGAAACAGAGGUAACAUUUUUUUUUUUUUGAAAUGUGCUCAAAAUAAGAGGUGUGCUCUUGAACAAUGCCUCCUCUUUCAGAAUGAGGACUGUCAUCUGAUUUGGAAUGCGGAUACAUCUGAUAAGCACGCAUAUCUGAGCUGGAGGGUCAGUGUUGCACAUCAGCAGGAAAGAGAGGGAGCUUCUCUUCGAAGCCUCAUCACCUUACCUGCAGACAGGAGAGCGGGAGAGAGAGAGGAGGAGAGCAAAAGGAGAGGAACAUCCAGUUCUAGAACAAACAAGUUCGCAAAACAUGAGCAAAAGGGAUUUAGGUUCAGUGAGGACAUUGGUUCGGUGCCAGUUUCAGGAUCGUUACGAAGACUGAAAACAUCCCAGGGUGAGGUCAGGAUAGCCAAUGAGAGUGUGUCCCAAAAAAAGAAGACAUAAUUGAAGAGACAGACAAGAAAAGAUGCCUGAAAACAAGCAGACAAUCCAGCGGACUGGAAGCUAUCUGUCUCACUCUGCUUACAGGAAGAUAAAAAGGGUGCUGAGCUUCAGAAGACGUGUAUUUGGUCAAAGGUUGGAGGAGACAGUCCUGUAUGAAAGGAGGUAUGGGGAUCACAUGGCUCCUUUGGUGGUGGAGCAGUGUGUUGAUUUUAUCCGAGAGCAUGGACUCACCGAGGUGGGACUCUUCAGGCAGCCCGGCCAGGCCACAUUGGUUAAAGAGCUACAGGAAGCUUUUGAUGCUGGGGAGAAACCAUCUUUUGACAACACAGAUGUUCACACAGUGGCAUCUUUGCUAAAGCUAUACCUCAGGGAGCUGCCUGAACCUCUGGUGCCAUUUUCCCGCUAUGAAGAGUUUCUUGUAUGUGGCAAAAGAAUUCCCACAGACAGAGAAAAGGGUUUGCAAGACUUGAAGAGUCUUCUUUAUGAGCUACCUGUAGCAAACUUCAACCUUCUGAAAUACAUCUGCCAAUUUCUGAAUGAUGUCCAAUCAUACUCCAAUGUCAACAAGAUGAGUAUCCAGAACUUGGCAACUGUUUUUGGGCCAAAUAUCCUAAGGCCUAAAGCUGAGGACCCAGAAAGCAUCAUUGGAGGGGCAGCAGUUGUGCAACAUCUAAUGUCUGAACUCAUCCGUGAGCACAAUUUGCUCUUUUCUCGAGAGAACUGCAACCCUCCUGAAACAUCUUCACAAGCCACCCACCCCAUACAAAGACACAGUAACCUUGUGGAAUGGGUGCACGAACCACCUGCCCAUCUGAGGGAGCCUCUGUUGAGCAAAAAUCAUAUGGUCUAUCCAGAUCAGACUGUAGCCUGUCCACAUAAACACUCUCUACCACAAAACACAGAGAGGAGAGGGUCCUUUCAAAGCCCUUGUGACAAAAACAUUAACCAUUUAUCAGAGACAGAGCAACUUCAAGAGAACUCUUCACCAACCAGCUCUACCCUGAUUUAUGACAACUACAGUCAGCACAGCUCAGCACAAGAAUCUCUCCAUACAAGACACAUACCUACACCCUCCACCCCACCACCUGCCUGCUCUUCUUUGAGCAAAGCACUGGAGGCUGGAGUUCAAAUAUGUAUGCAGUCAAGGAGUUGGCCUGACAUGGAAGAACCCAGCUGGGGACCAGAGAAAGCGCUAGGAGGAAGUGGAGGCAGCAGUGAAGCCCAGGAUAGUACCUUAUCUGUCUAUGACAACAUAGUUACUGAGGAGCAUGGGGAGCAAUAUAUAGAAGACAGGGAGGCCAAAGGUACUGCCAGUGUGGCUGAGAGCAGCAGCUCUUGGUCCUCCUGUGAGAUUGUGCCUUUGGAUGGGGGCAGUGGGAGCGGUGGAGCUGCAAGCCCUUGCAAUGUCUCCCCAAGACAAUUCCCCUCAUUCAGAAUGGACUCUAGAGAGGAAGAACUUCGCCUUAACUCCCCUGCCUCAUCCUCUGCGCCCACAGAUGCACCUUUAAGCACUGGCAGCAGCGAAGUCUUCUUGCCAAAUGCUCCCCAAGAGCCCCUAGGUUUUCCAGCUUCCCAUGCAAUGCAGUGCCUGGUCGCAGGGCUUCGUCAACAGAUGACCAGGCAAAAGGCAGAGUAUGAGGCAAAAAUCAACAGGCUGGAGCAGAGGAACAAGGUACUUCAGGGGGAAGUUGCAGGGCUCCGCUCAACUCUGGAGCAGCAGCGGCGUUGGGUUAGCGUGGCUGAGAUCAAGAUGAGAAAUGUGGAGCGAGCCCGUGCAGACGCUGACAGACGGAAUGCCACUCUCCAGCAGGAAAUGGAGCAGUUCUUUGAAACUUUUGGCGAGCUUAAUGCAGAAGCGAGGAAAACCAGUCGCAUUGUUCAGAGUUUUUAAAACAUUCAUGUGCUGUGAUACAAAUUCAACCUUAGCAGCAUAUUAAGCUUUCAUUGUUUUAAAGCAGUGUUUUCCAACUCUCAUCAUUGAGUUACCCUCAAUAGCAGGAACGGGCAAACUUGGUCCUAGAAGGCCGGUGUCCCUGCAGAGUUUAGCUCCAACCUUGACUGAACAUACCUGAAGAAGCUAAGCAAUAACUAUAGGGCUAAAAACAGGUAGGAUUUAUGAGGGUUGGAGCUAAACUCUGCAGGGACACCAGCCCUCCAGGGCCGAGUUCGCCCAAGCCUGCUCAAUAGCAUAAUUUUUGGAUGUCUUUAUUAUCCGAUACCUCCAUUCCAAGUCUGGAAGUUUCUACCAAUUAACUGAUGAGUUAAAAUAGGGAGACAUGAAACAUGUUCAGUGUCAGAAGGUACUCCAAGACCAAGGGAAAAACCAAUAUUAAAAGUAAUAACUACAGGAAAAACAGGAGUCUGUUUCAGGGCUGUAGAAAUGAGGAUGCGUUCCUGAGGGAAACCAGUGCCCCACUUUCAAGUACAGUUUCUGUUGCCUGAACGACUGUGCAGACCAGCAUGUUCAAAAUAAUAUUAAAGCCAAAUUUUUGCCAUUUAAGUGAUCAAAGACAAUGGAAUGACCCAAAAGUAAGCAUGGAUGCCAAAUUUGAGAAAAGCUAUUCUAAUAAAAACUAGACCCUAUGGAUCCUCUUAAGAUAAAUAAGCUCAGACUUAUAAAGUCUCUGCCCUGGAUGGGGGUCACUGUACAUUUUAUUUAAUUGUGUCCGGUGUAGGUAACAUAAGACACAGUCGUACCUUGUACACAAACAUACUGUUCAUACACUGAAUGCAUUUGUACCAUAUGAAAUAAAACAUAAAACAAACAUUACUUUGAGCUUUUUAUUUGGCCAGUCGUAACAGAUGUUUUUUUUUUUUUUUUUUCUUU